UAGAAAAAACAACGCAGACAAACAAACAAACAGAAAAACAAAAAACAAGGGAAGAGGAGAGAGACGGGAGGGAAGGGAUUAGGGCCAUGGCGGAUAUAUUUGCAUGGCUCCUAUCCUUCUUCCUUCUUAUUGCUGUCCUCGGCAUCCUUCUUUACCAGCUCAUGUGCUUGGCUGACCUUGAGUUUGAUUAUAUCAAUCCAUAUGAUUCGGCAUCUCGGAUAAACAAGGCUGUUUGGCCAGAGUUUAUUACUCAAGGAUCCCUGUGCUUCUUACAUCUUAUAACUGGGCAUUGGUUUAUGUUUUUGGUCUGCCUCCCAUACUCAUACUACAACUUUAGAUUGUACACUAAGAAACAACAUUUGGUAGAUGUAACUGAGAUCUUCAACCAACUGCCUUGGGAAAAGAAGCUACGAAUUUAUAAGCUUGUGUACCUUGUGGUACUCCUCUUCUUGUCCGUAUUCUGGAUGAUUUGGACCAUUGUGGACUUGGAGUAACAUAUAAUCAAUAAGGGAUUGGUGCUCUAUGUAGACUGUUUCCAAUGUUUGCAAUGAUUGCGGAUCUGAGAUGCUCCAAAACUCAGAGAUCAGAGUUGGAGUUUUGUGCAUUGUACCACACUCAUGCAUACUGAUGAUGCCCUGAACGGUUGUCGUUUCAAGUGACCAAAAAAUAAAUAAAUUAUAACUUGUAUUGAACCGGAAUGUAUGUCCCAAGAAUAUGAUUUAUUUGUUGUAAAUUAGGAUAAACAAUCUUUUGCAACAGUGUAUUUUUGUAUUUGAAAUUAUCAGAGUUCUUUCUACAGUAGUUGCAGUGUUAUUCAAAGCUCA